UUAUCGAGACUGAAAGUGCAAGUUCUCCAAGAAUUUCAUAAAUAUUUUACGGCAAUGAUAACACUUUUAAGAUUACCUCUAUUUUUAUUGUUAUGGAUGAUCUAUUAAAAUGGAGAAGUACGAAAAAAUAAGAGUUGUGGGGCGAGGAGCGUAUGGUACAGUGCACCUUUGCCGUCGUCUGAUCGACAAGAAGCUUGUUAUCAUCAAGCAGAUCCCAGUAGAACAGAUGACACGUGAAGAGAGGCAGGCGGCCAUCAAUGAGGUCAAGGUUUUGUCCAUGCUCCAUCACCCAAACAUUAUUGAGUACUAUGAGAACUUCCUAGAAGACAAAGCUCUCAUGAUAGUUAUGGAAUAUGCCCAAGGAGGAACAUUCUUGGAAUAUUUGCAAAGCAGAAAUAAUAAUUUACUUGAAGAGGAGGAAAUACUGAAGUUUUUAGCCCAGAUGUUACUGUCUCUUCAACAUGUGCAUUCAAAGCAAAUCCUGCAUCGAGAUUUGAACUCACAAAAUAUUCUUCUUGACAAAAAGAAAGAGAUUGUGAAGAUAGGAGAUUUUGGUAUUUCUAAAGUUCUAAGCAGCAAGAGCAAAGCAUACACAGUUGUUGGCACCCCUUGUUAUAUCUCUCCAGAACUUUGUGAAGGAAAACCUUACAAUCAGAAAAGUGAUAUCUGGGCACUCGGCUGUGUGUUGUAUGAACUGGCCAGUCUGAAAAGAGCAUUUGAGGCAGCAAAUCUUCCCGCACUGAUCUUGAAGAUUAUGCGAGGAACGUUUGCCCCGAUAUCUGAUCACUACAGUGAAGAGCUGCGGUCUCUCAUUCUCAGCAUGCUGCAUCUGGACCCAAACAAAAGACCAGACAUCAACCAGAUCAUGGCUCAACCGAUCAUCAUCAACGCUUUGUUACAUCUUCACACGGAAAUGGGGAAAAUUCCCUGUGUGAGAAUUCACCGUCCAUUGUCCAGUAUGGCAGGUAAUGCCAGAAGCAGAGUGUAUGGUCGUGGAAACAUGUCAUCAAGAGAUGGUAUUCCUGUGAAGCCGGUGUCCCUGAGUUCAGUGUUUUGUUGGGGAGGUAUUAUAAAUACACCAGUCAAACUUCCCCUACCCAGCAGUGAGACACAAGUCACGCAGGUUUCGGCAGGCCGUACCCAGAAAGCAGCGGUUACUAAAACAGGCAGACUGUUUGUGUGGGAGUCUCCAGGAGUAGGAUCAGAGUCCGUGAUUCCCGGUGCCGUGGAGAACUCUAUGCCAGCGUUUAUACCCCGGUAUCUGGAGGGUCAGGCUGCGGUCACCAUUCAACACGUCUCCUGUGGAGAUCUUUUCACGGCUUGUCUCACCGAUCGUGGUAUUCUGAUGACCUAUGGCAGUGGAGCUAGUGGGUGUCUGGGUCAUGGCAACUUUAAUGAUGUGGGACAGGCCAAGAUUGUGGAAGCCUUGCUUGGUUAUGAGGUGAUUCUAGUAUCAUGUGGUACGUCACAUGUCAUGGCUGUAACCAAUGAACAUGAAGUAUUUUCUUGGGGCAGAGGUGAUAAUGGGAGGCUUGGUCUUGGAAACCAAGAAUCAUUUUCGUCACCUCAGCCAGUGCCAAUACCAAAUAACCUGCGACCCAGCUCAGUGCACUGUGGUGUGGACUGCUCAAUGAUUCUAACACUGGACAACAAGCUGAUGUGCUGUGGAAGUAAUAGAUAUAACAAGCUUGUUCUGGAUGAACUUGCACCAGACGGGUCUUGUACCAAAUUGGUGGAGGAAGCUUGCAUCCUCACUCUGAUGUCCUCGGUACCCACCGGAGCUGCACUGGUUAAAGAUGUUGCUAUUGGAACAUCACACUCGGCCAUUGUUACAGUCGAGGGUCAGUGUUACACUUGUGGCUCGAACCAGUUUGGUCAGCUCGGUCAUGACACGGAGAAUCCCAGCAGACAGCCUCAUCAGGUGAAAGCACUGCAGCCAUACAAGAUCACAAAGGUUGCCUGUGGCGACACCUACACAGUAGCAGCUUCAGAAGAUGGAGAGAUAUUUUCUUGGGGCAAGAGUGCAAGGGGUCGGUUAGGCAGAUCUGACGAGGACUCGGCAAUCCCAAAACAAGUGCAGAUCCCUGCCGAUGACCAGUUUAGUAUUGUGUCCAUAUCUUGCAGUCAUGGAAACACUCUGAUAGCAACAAAACCAUUACAUGGAACUGGAAAUUCUUUGGAUUGAUGCAAGUAGCUGAGAGGCUGAUAGUACAAACAGAAUGCUUCUUUCAGCAAAUGGCUUCAAUGACAUUUUAUUACGGAUUUAUUUCUAGCCAUUAAAGUAAUAAAAUUGAAUAUGUUUUGUCCUGGCAGAACAUUUGUUAUGUGAUAAAACUGUAUAAAGUAUUGUCAACAAAUAUUAUUAUCCAUGCAUUGUGGGUAAAACUGAAUAUGCUGUAUUCAUGACAAAAAUGUUAUUAUCUCGUAAAAACUGAAUAUACAGUAUUCUGAAGAGGUUAUCUUCAUGAUCAUGUGUCAGACAAAGCCAGUUCACACUUGAUCAGUAUUCACAGUGUUAUUACUUGGCAAACAUGAAUAUAGUCUAUUCUCAGGAGUAUAUUAUUGUCAGGUAUUCAUAACAGAAUAUUUGGUAAAUAGUAACCAUACAUGUAUUUUCAAUAAAGACUUGGCUGCUCUUAAAAGGAGGCCAAGUAUACCAAACAAUUGAUGGGUUUGUGCAAUAAUGACAAAGCGAUGACAUGUUUAGAUGGUACAUAUUAUUGUACCAGGAACCAUGCAUAUGAAAUAUCUUUUAAUACAGACUUAAGUUCAUCUUAUUUGUUUCACAUUGCCAUGAUAUAAUAUUCCAAAAUUUAUAGAAACCAAAGUCCAGACAAGUGUGAAUGUUUUUUCUGCACAUACGUUUUAUGCCAUUCAAUGUCCACAAUUAAUGCUUAUUAGUGCCCUACUGGUACAACUGGAGGGGAUAUAGGUUUGUCAGUCCGUCCGUCCAUCUUUCCCACAUAGUUUUCUGGGUUGGGUUGUUUUUAGAAUGCCAUGAGAUAUUGAACUGAAAUUUUGUGUAUAGCUUUAUUAUGUACUGUUACAGAUUAAGUUUGACCUUCAUGGCGAUUUACCCACUUUUUGACGGAGUUAUUACCCUUUAACUUAUGAGAUGAAAAUUUGUUUUCAGGGCUUUUAUUUUUGGCAGUGCCUCAAGAUAUUGAGCUGAAAUUUUGUGUACAUAGCUUUAUCAUGUUCUGUUAUGGCCCUUGAAUUUAGUGUUCAUGGCUUUAUCAU